AUGUUUGUUCUUAAUCGCAAUAUUCAAAGACGAAGCGUCUUGCUUGCUCCUCAACUCAAUUCCCAUGUCGUCAAGACCCAACAGCGUCCAUUGUCCAUGUGGAAAAUCAUACCCAAAAUCGUGCUUGCUACUGUCGGCAAGAAACAUCGUAAUUACAUUCUGGGUGCAUUGGGUGCUGCCUCUUUAGCCAGUAGUGUGAUGGGACCCAUGGUUUGGGUAGCAGCAGGUGGCGCUGCCUCUAUCUUUGGCUGGCGUUUGUUCCGCAAGACCAAGAAUUGGUGGGAUUACUUGGCGCCUGUCAUCGGUAAAGACAGCACGGUUUCACAGGCCUUGUUGUCUCAGUUAGGCACACAUCGCGCGACUGAUCUCAUACGUAGCGACACCAUCAAGCAACUGAAGCAUUUCUUUGAAAAUACAGAAGAAGGUAAACAAAUGCUCAAGGCCUUUGGUUUGGAUCAUUUCAAGGAUAUGAUCUGGGAGGAGGUUCAUAAGUCAGAUACAACUCGCUUGGACGGAAAGGAUAAACAUAAGGUGAAUAUUAACUUUUGGAUGGAGGAUCAGGCAUCCAAGGGCCCUCAAGGUGGCGGCUGUGAGGUCCAAGCAUCUGCUACCGUCAGCGGCAAAGGAAAGAUCGACUUGGAUCAGAUCAAAUUAAGCUCCCCAGGAUGGCAUAAGGAUGAGGUCAUCCCCUUAUCAUAA